UAUUAUUAUUUAAUAUUGUAUUCUAAUAAUCAGGAUCAUAAACAGCUUCUUUAUAUCAGUAUUUUAACUUUUUUAUUCAUAUCAAGAGUUAAUUCAAAAUUUUUAUCUGUUUAAUUAACUAGUACAGGAGGUGAUGUCUAAUAGAAAUUCGAUACAAAUAACACAGGAGAAUUACAAAAUACGACAGAACUAUUCAAACUCAUCUCCUCAGAACAUCUUAUGGAAAAUGAUGAGUGAAGGUUCAAUAUGCGAUUCUGUCUUAAAAACCACGGACGGAGGGGAAUUCCAGGUUCAUCGAGCAAUAUUAGUUACCUGCAGUCCUUACUUCGAAGCGUUAUAUACGAGUUCGAUUAACAAGAUUCCAAGAAGAGUAAUCAUGAUUCCAGGUAUAACAGCCAAGAUGCUGCAGCACAUAAUACAGUUCGCCUAUAUGCGACACAACGAUAUAUCGAUGAACAACGUGAGCCAAUUAACUUCGGUGGCAGAUAAAUUUAUGGUCUUCAAAAUGUUAAAAAAUUGCUGCGAUUUUCUACUUAAUUACAUCAAUAUAAGUAACUGCAUCGGCAUAUGGAAGUUGUUUAAGAUUCAUCACUGCAAAGAGAUGGAAUCGAAAGCUUUCAAAUUUAUAUUAACCAACUUUACAAAAGUCGCUAGAAAAGAACAGUAUCUAACACUAUCCGUGGAUGAAGUGAUAAAGUUCGUAAGUCACGAAGAACUGAACGUCAAAGGAGAAGAUUUCGUGUGGGAAAUGGUUUUGCGUUGGAUCGAACACGAUCAAAAUGGCCGUUCGAUGUAUAUUAGCAGGCUAAUACCACACGUACGCUUGGGUUUGAUGGAUCCGGAUUACUUUAUAGAAAACGUCAAACUGAACAAGUACGUUUGUAACGAUUCAAACUGCCGCUCUGUUAUCAGCGAAGCCAUCAAGUGCCUAUUUGAUUUGGAUGUGAACAUGCUGGAAAGAAACCGUAGGCCUAUUAUAUCAAUAUGUGAAUUACAGACACCAAGAUUACCACAUGAAAUCGUCUUCGUUAUUGGUGGUUGGAGUGGCGAAAGCGCUAUAAAUCUUAUAGAAACUUACGAUAUUAAAACGGAUAGUUGGAUGAUAGUUUUACCCACAGAAAAUCAAAUUGGUCCAAGAGCUUAUCAUAAAUGUGCAGUUGUGGGUUACAAAAUCUAUAUUUUAGGAGGAUUCGAUGGUACAGAGUAUUUUAAUACUUGCUAUUGCUUUGAUACUUUAAUGACAGACUGGAUGGAGAUUGCUCCAAUGUAUUCGGAAAGAUGUUACAUUAAUGUAGCCAUUACAGACAACAUUAUAUACGCCUUGGGUGGAUAUAAUGGAAUCACCAGACUAAAUUCGGCAGAGAAAUAUAACUGUGACACAAAUCAAUGGGAGAUGAUCGCUUCCAUGCAUUUCGAAAGGAGUGAUGCAUGUGCUGCAGAGUUAGAAGGAUGCGUUUAUGUAGUGGGUGGUUUUAAUGGUCGAGAUUUCAUGAGUUCGGCAGAAUUUUACAAUCCCGAAACGAAUCAGUGGACUACAAUAUCUUCCAUGAAUACCUUUCGUAGUGGGGUUUCUUGUACAAAUCAUAACGGAAUCCUCUACGUUUUUGGAGGUUUCAACGGAACUUCUAGACUUUCUAGUGGAGAAAAAUAUAAUCCUAGAACCAAAAAAUGGCUUUCUCUUUCGGAUAUGAACAUACCUAGAAGUAAUUUUGCUGUCGUUGUUUUAGAAGAUCUAAUAUUUGCUCUGGGUGGUUUUAACGGCGCUACAACGGUUUCUAGUGUGGAGUACUACGAUAUAGAAAAAGACGAGUGGAUUCAAGUUAAAGAAAUGCACAUUACAAAAUCUGCUUUAACAGCUUGCGUAGUAACAGAUCUACCCAACGUCAGAGAUUAUAUCUCAAGAAGAGAAAUGGCGUCCACUUUGAGUGAUGAGGAAUUGAGAGAGAAACUCGAAGAGUUAGGAGAGAAGGUAGGUCCUAUAACACACACGACAAGAAAAGUUUACGAAAUGAAAUUCGACAAAGCUAUGCAACAACGUAAAACGAAACGUCGUAGCUCGAAUAAGUUAGAAUUGAGCCGUUUCAGUUCGGACGAGAACGAAAUGGAUGGGAAAGGUUCGAAAACAUCCACAUCAUCUACGUCAUCACGACGUCACAUUCGUCCAAGACGAAGCAUUGUUUCUGGUCGAUCUCAAUCAACAAAUGAUCAAGUUGAUUCUAAUGCCUUUAAAAUACCCGAUAUUCCUACGUCAAGAACGUUAACUAAUAGUAAUCGGUCUCCUAGUCCUUCGACUUAUCUAUCUUCUGAUCUCACCAGGACUAGUGUUCGAAGCUCUCGAAGAUUGCGUCGACAGAAAUUAAAUAAUUUUGAUAUAGAUUCAUCGGAUUCGGAUAUCGAUUUGGAUCAUCAUAAUCGUUUUAAAAAGAAACAUGUACAAUCGGAACGUACUAAUUUGGAAAAUAAUAUAGAUUCAUCUUCACAUUACAAUUGGGAUAAUUCAUUUUAUAAAACUGAAAAAUUUGAUAAUAACGACAAAACCGAAGCACAGGUUUCGACUGAGUUUAUAGGUUGNCAGGAGGUGAUGUCUAAUAGAAAUUCGAUACAAAUAACACAGGAGAAUUACAAAAUACGACAGAACUAUUCAAACUCAUCUCCUCAGAACAUCUUAUGGAAAAUGAUGAGUGAAGGUUCAAUAUGCGAUUCUGUCUUAAAAACCACAGACGGGGGGGAAUUCCAGGUUCAUCGAGCAAUAUUAGUUACCUGCAGUCCUUACUUCGAAGCGUUAUAUACGAGUUCGAUUAACAAGAUUCCAAGAAGAGUAAUCAUGAUUCCAGGUAUAACAGCCAAGAUGCUGCAGCACAUAAUACAGUUCGCCUAUAUGCGACACAACGAUAUAUCGAUGAACAACGUGAGCCAAUUAACUUCGGUGGCAGAUAAAUUUAUGGUCUUCAAAAUGUUAAAAAAUUGCUGCGAUUUUCUACUUAAUUACAUCAAUAUAAGUAACUGCAUCGGCAUAUGGAAGUUGUUUAAGAUUCAUCACUGCAAAGAGAUGGAAUCGAAAGCUUUCAAAUUUAUAUUAACCAACUUUACAAAAGUCGCUAGAAAAGAACAGUAUCUAACACUAUCCGUGGAUGAAGUGAUAAAGUUCGUAAGUCACGAAGAACUGAACGUCAAAGGAGAAGAUUUCGUGUGGGAAAUGGUUUUGCGUUGGAUCGAACACGAUCAAAAUGGCCGUUCGAUGUAUAUUAGCAGGCUAAUACCACACGUACGCUUGGGUUUGAUGGAUCCGGAUUACUUUAUAGAAAACGUCAAACUGAACAAGUACGUUUGUAACGAUUCAAACUGCCGCUCUGUUAUCAGCGAAGCCAUCAAGUGCCUAUUUGAUUUGGAUGUGAACAUGCUGGAAAGAAACCGUAGGCCUAUUAUAUCAAUAUGUGAAUUACAGACACCAAGAUUACCACAUGAAAUCGUCUUCGUUAUUGGUGGUUGGAGUGGCGAAAGCGCUAUAAAUCUUAUAGAAACUUACGAUAUUAAAACGGAUAGUUGGAUGAUAGUUUUACCCACAGAAAAUCAAAUUGGUCCAAGAGCUUAUCAUAAAUGUGCAGUUGUGGGUUACAAAAUCUAUAUUUUAGGAGGAUUCGAUGGUACAGAGUAUUUUAAUACUUGCUAUUGCUUUGAUACUUUAAUGACAGACUGGAUGGAGAUUGCUCCAAUGUAUUCGGAAAGAUGUUACAUUAAUGUAGCCAUUACAGACAACAUUAUAUACGCCUUGGGUGGAUAUAAUGGAAUCACCAGACUAAAUUCGGCAGAGAAAUAUAACUGUGACACAAAUCAAUGGGAGAUGAUCGCUUCCAUGCAUUUCGAAAGGAGUGAUGCAUGUGCUGCAGAGUUAGAAGGAUGCGUUUAUGUAGUGGGUGGUUUUAAUGGUCGAGAUUUCAUGAGUUCGGCAGAAUUUUACAAUCCCGAAACGAAUCAGUGGACUACAAUAUCUUCCAUGAAUACCUUUCGUAGUGGGGUUUCUUGUACAAAUCAUAACGGAAUCCUCUACGUUUUUGGAGGUUUCAACGGAACUUCUAGACUUUCUAGUGGAGAAAAAUAUAAUCCUAGAACCAAAAAAUGGCUUUCUCUUUCGGAUAUGAACAUACCUAGAAGUAAUUUUGCUGUCGUUGUUUUAGAAGAUCUAAUAUUUGCUCUGGGUGGUUUUAACGGCGCUACAACGGUUUCUAGUGUGGAGUACUACGAUAUAGAAAAAGACGAGUGGAUUCAAGUUAAAGAAAUGCACAUUACAAAAUCUGCUUUAACAGCUUGCGUAGUAACAGAUCUACCCAACGUCAGAGAUUAUAUCUCAAGAAGAGAAGUCUGAUCUCUGAAAAUAACAAGUUCAAUAAAUUUCUUGGACACCAGACUUAAGAUUAUUAAUCAAAAUCUAUCCCUUUUACACUUCAUACAUUUA